AUGGGUCACGUGAAGCAGAAUUUUUCAUCUCUUUUCAACUGCUUCAGGGAAACACAUUCUCUCUUUCUGAAGCUGGUGAGAUGGGACAGUUGCCUAGACACUGAUGAAGAAAAUGUGAAUUUUGCUAGAAGAGAUGAACUGAACAGGAGCCACGGCAAGGAGAGAGAGGAACCUGAUGGACCACCGAACUUUGAGCUUGAUGUUUGCCACCAGGAUGCGGGACGCCAGUCCCCGGCUGCCCUGCCGCGUGCCCAGGUCAAACUGCUCACUAGUUGGGAAGCAGGAUGGAAUGUAACAAAUGCCAUUCAGGGAAUCUUUGUUCUAGGACUGCCAUAUGCUGUUCUCCACAGUGGAUACAGUGGCCUGUUUCUUAUUAUCUUGGCUGCAGCAUUAUGCUGUUAUACAGGCAAAAUCCUAAUCGCUUGCCUGUAUGAAGAAAAUGAAGAUGGGCAGCUCAUAAGAGUGAGAGACACGUAUGAAGACAUUGCUAAUGCCUGCUGCAAAAAGCUAUUUCCCAGACUAGGCGGUAUAGUUGUCAAUGUGACCCAAAUGAUGGAACUGAUCAUGACAUGUAUUUUGUAUUUGGUUGUUAGUGGGAACUUGCUGUCACACAGUUUCCCAUAUGUACCAGUGACUGAGAAAACUUGGUCUGUAAUUGCAUUUGUUACACUCCUGCCAUGUGUAUUUAUCAAGACUCUCAAAAUUGUUUCCAAACUCAGCCAGCUUUGCUCCUUGGUCCAUUUCGUUAUCAUCCUUGUCGUGAUGACUUACUGUCUGACACAAACACAUCAGUGGUCCUGGGCAAAAUUCAGACUCCCUGUUGAGUUUGAGGACUUCUUGGUCUCUGUGGGUGUAAUCAUUUUUAGUUAUACUUCGCAAAUAUUUCUUCCUACACUUGAAGGUAACAUGAAAAACCCAGUGGAAUUCAGAUGCAUGCUGAACUGGACUCAUUUUUUUGCUUGUGUGUUGAAAUCGGCCUUUGCACUGAUUGCGUUCUUGACCUGGGGUAAAGAGACAAAGGAAGUGAUUACUGACAACCUGCCAUCCUUUUUGCAAACCCUAGUGAAUUUGUGCCUCUUAACCAAGGCGCUUCUUUCUUACCCACUGCCUUUUUUUGCAGCCACGGAAAUUGCGUAUGCUUGUAUUUCUAGAGGCAAUCAUCCCAGUUACAGAUCUCCACUAUUUGCUCUGGGUGUAAGAGGUUUGCUUCUCCUGUUAACUCUUCUGAUGGCUAUGUUCAUACCACAUUUUGCCCUGUUGAUGGGUUUAACAGGCAGUGUAACAGGUGCUGCAAUGACUUUUCUUCUUCCUUCUCUUUUCCACUUAAAACUGAAAUGGAAAAAAUUAGUCUUCUUAGAGAAAUGUGCAGAUAUUUCUGUUUUUAUUUUGGGUUUCCUUUGUAGUCUUGCAGGUGUAGUUUGCUCAAUAAAAGGACUACUUGAAGUAUUUGGAGGAGGGUAA